AUGACAUUUACGAAACGACCCGACCCCCUUGAAGAUUGAAUUGGCUGGCUCCAAGACUCACUCCAAGCUGAUUACAGCUUCGCCUUACAGUAUCAAGAUCCCGAGUUUAACAACGAACUGUGUAACCUGACAGAUAUCUCGGAGCUCCCAGACAAGCCAACGAUCAAAAUCAUCCCAACGAUUUUACUUGUACCCGUCACUGCACCAACAGAAGCAUGUCGUGAUACAAGCAGCACGGCAGACACUGAAAUCCGGUCCAACUCCUCUCUUGAUAGAAGUUUGCAGUGGCCAGAAGAAUUUGAAAUCCCCAAAUUUUCUGUGGAUGUUGAGUACAGACUCCGUCAAACCAACCUGUUGCAUCUCAGGGAUGGAACAUAUCUCAAAGUGACAAAGGAGCUGAAGCAUGACAUCCUGUAGAAACUGUCUGAGACGAUUUAUACAUAUGAUGCCUACCCCUCAAAGCAACAUUUUGAAGCUGUAGCAAAAGCCUUAGUGCAAUCACACCCAUGUCUGAAAGAAGCAGGCUCAUCAUCUGGCUGGGAUGGAUGAAAGAACAGUCUAAAGUUCAAGAUGGGUAACUACAGACACAAAAUGCGCGUCCUUGGUCGACGUGAUGUCACUGUCAAUGGUGGUAAACGGGGAAGGUUCACUACAGAUGGUUUGCCUCCCCACAAGGACAUCAAGAGGCCAAGGAAAGGCGAAAUCAAUUUCCUACCUGACAAUCCAGAGGGGAUGGAUGACUGCAACCUAGAAGCUUCUCGCCAGGUUCUGGUCAACGAGAUGAUGAAGACGAAUCCUAAUGGAUCCCUUAUUAAGAAAGAGAUGGCCAAGACUUUUGCUCUUCGGAGAAAAUAA